AUGAAAGUUCCAAGGAAGCUACAAGAGUUCAUAUACUCAGUUAGCACUAGCGAUAAAUAUUCGGAAUUCGAUUCGAGGAAAUCGUUCAAUAGAGUAAACAAGGCAGAUUCGGAACGCAACUUGUUAUACUCACAUCGAAUGCUGUCGACAGGCGACUUUACAGGUGAAACAGACAGUAAUGGCCACGAGUUGAAUAAUAAUUUAGAUGGCGUUCACGAAGUUAAGUUGGCAUGGAGACACGUCAAGAACUGGGGCGACAGAUAUUGUCCCGACUUAAUGAGCAGUUUGCAAGCAAAAUGCACUAACGAUGAUUUGAGUGACUUUCAAAAGGAUCUCAAUAUCCAACUUCCCAAUUGUGUACAUGAUUUUUUUAGGCUAACGGACGGUCAAUCAAAUUACGGCUUUGACACUUUUCAAAAUGGGUUAAUAUUUGGUUUAAAAUUGAUGUCCUUGGAUGAAAUAAUGAUCGAGACCAACAAUUGGAGAAAAGUCUCGAAGUAUUUGAAUAAUGACCUAUGGAACCUCAAAAACUCAAGGGCCAAUCAACUAUCGAAAGUCUCAUUGAGCCAUUAUAACAAUCAUGGCCUUUUGCACUUCAAAAACCAUCAGUCUGACGAUGGAAGCAAUUCUAGCAAUAGCGUUGAUUUGGGGCGAUCUUCGAGAUCAUCAUCCGUAUCUUCAAGCCAGUCAUUCGUUACAACUACAAACGCGGCUCCAGCGACUGCUCAUGGGAGUGAACAUCCUAUUCGUGGCACAAGCGGCAAGAAUAAUAUUCCCAGACAACGAAGCAUACCUCCAGGCACAAUUAAUGACAUAUUUUCACAUCCCAUGUGGAUUCCAUUAAUCACAGACAGUGUGGGGAAUUACAUAGGGCUUGACCUAGCACCUCCGGAAGCCGGAAAAUGGGGUCAGGUAAUACUUUUUGGUAGGGAUUUUGACGUAAAAUACAAGAUUGCUGAUAAUUGGGGUGACUUCUUGAUAAUGUUUGCAAAUGAUUUAGAGAUCGGCAAUUGGGAUAUCAAGUCAUCGAAAAAGAAUGGCGACGGUGACAUCAUGAUCGGUAGUGAUGGAGAAUUAGUUUAUAUGGAUAAAAUCACUAAAUUAGAAGCUCUGUAUCUUGAAGUUUUGAAGAAGAGGUGCACAAAAAAAUGGUUAGAAUCGAUUGCAAGUAAGUCAGAGCAACCUGAGGAUAUUAAACAAUUGAUAAAGCAACUCAACAAACCGUCCGACAUCUCACAAUUUGAAGGGGUCUCUUCUAUUGAUGAAUAUAUAAAGAAGAAUCUUGUGGACGUAAACAACAUAGAUUGA